AUGGGAGAAAGGAAGCAAAACACAAAACUUAUAGAAAGGAGGCAAAACACAGAACUUACAGAAAGGAGACAAAAACAGAACUUACAGAAAGGAGACAAAAACAGAACUGACAGAAAGGAGACAAAACACAGAACUUAUAGAAAGGAGACAAAACACAAAACUUAUAGAAAGGAGACAAAAAGGAGACAAAACACAGAACUGACAGAAAGGAGACAAAACACAGAACUGACAGAAAGGAGACAAAACACAAAACUUAUAGAAAGGAGACAAAACACAGAACUGACAGAAAGGAGACAAAACACAGAACUUAUAGAAAGGAGACAAAACACAGAACUGAUAGAAAGGAGACAAAACACAGAACUGACAGAAAGGAGACAAAACACAAAACUUAUAGAAAGGAGACUAAACACAGAACUGACAGAAAGGAGACAAAACACAGAACUUAUAGAAAGGAGACAAAACACAGAACUGACAGAAAGGAGGCAAAACACAAAACUUAUAGAAAGGAGACAAAACACAAAACUUAUAGAAAGGAGGCAAAACACAGAACUUACAGAAAGGAGACAAAACACAGAACUGACAGAAAGGAGGCAAAAUACAAAACUUAUAGAAAGGAGACAAAACACAAAACUUAUAGAAAGGAGGCAAAACACAGAACUUACAGAAAGGAGACAAAACACAGAACUUAUAGAAAGGAGGCAAAACACAAAACUUAUAGAAAGGAAGCAAAACACAGUAUUUACAGAAAAGAGGCAAAAUACAGAAUUUACAGAAAGCAAUGUACAGAAAACAAAUAUAACACAGAAAUUACGGAGAAAAAAGCAGAGCACAGAAUUUAAAAAAAAAAACGAAAGCACAAAAUUUACAGAUAACAAACACAGGGAUUGCAAAAAACAAACAUUUUUAGGGAAGAAGUUACAGAAAGAUGGUUUAGCACAGGGGUUACUAAAAUCAAAAGGUUAA